AUGGUCACAUCUACGUGCCUGCAGUUCUCGUCGCUCAAGUGUUUAGUCGGUAUAAGCCUUUGCUUUACGCUUCAUUCAGCUGUUAGCCACGUCAACGACCGUGGUCAAGUCGGCCCUGGACCCCAACGUCUCCCGACGCACAACACAUCCGCACUUCUAAAUGAUUCUUUCCCGCUACAUGAUGCAGCGCAAAAACUGGAUACGUUUCUUGACACGUUUCGGCCCGAACAAUCGGUUCUUAGAACACCGCUUCUUCCGAAUGGUAUUGAACACGGCCAUUUCAACGUAGAACACGAUGGGAAUGCACUUAGAAGUGACCUUUCCAGUGGUGUCAAGGACGUUAUUUUUGACGGAAGAAACGAUGGCAAAGCAUCGGCGGUCAGUGGAAUUAUUCUCUCGAAAAAAAAAGUUGUUGAGGAGGACAGAACUAAGGUGUCAAAUCUUCUCAAACUCCCUUCGCGGAGUGAGCAACAAGACGAUGAAUUGCUUUCUCUUAUUCAACUAGGUCAAAGGUCAGAGGAUGAAUCCCAAACGAUCUUUUACGACUUCGCGUUGGUCCAGAUGCUUAAACACAAGACUUCUGCUGAAUUCGUACACGAGAAAUGGGUCAAAGACAAAUUGACUAUUGAUGAUAUCCAGAGCUUUUUACAGAAAAUUAGCGCACGAGACUUCUUUGGCGGACAAGAUGCUAUUGAUCGUAUGCAGAAGUUCAUGACAGACCAUUUUGAAUGGCAGCAUCUGGCGUUUCUUAUGGAAAUGGAUGGCAUAGAUGGUCUCAAUCACUUUUACCAAACUAUUGAAGGUGGGUUACUGCAUAGUGGUUGGCUGAAUUAUGCCGCUUUCGCUCUAGAUCGCAAAUCCAUUACGAAAACAGACGUGUCAGAAUUCCUUCGUUUGAAACGUUCCUAUGCAAAGAAAGAUCAACUCAACUUAUUUCACAGAUUUUUAGUAAAUAGAGAUAGCAACGGAGUCAAACUGGAAGCACCAUUGACGCCAAACGAUCAAACGCAGGAGGUGGCAUCAAGCGAAGCCCGACCAGAAAAUAUUAGCUCAAUACAGGUUUUUGAUAGAUACAUUUUUGAACGAUAUGAUGGACAAGGAGCACGUGCUUAUUCACUCCGCUUCUCCGGUCGAUUUAUUGACUUUUCCUGCUUGUCCCCACCGCUUGACGAAUGGCGCUCAAGUAAGAGCAUCCGUUUGCGGCAUCUGCAACUUGAAGUUGUGAAACUUUAUGAUCUGCUUUACGUACCCGAUAACAAUUUCUUCACGAUGAUGCCAAUGCAAGACAAGGUCAUGCAGGUAGGCAUGCAAGAGCUUAUUGAACUCUUUUUGCUUCGACACGUCCGACGAUACUCAUGA